AUCAUUUUAUCUUUCAAAUGUUUCAUACAAAAUUCUGUGCCUCUAAACAUAUUUUAGUUCAUUUUAAAAUCUUGUAAGAAUGACUUCAAAAAUUUCUUUUAUUCUAUUUUCCUUGGCAAUUGUUGGUAUCGCUAAAGGUGUUCCAGCUGAAAAUGAGAAAAAGAUUGCAGCACCAACAUUUGAAUUAAUUCAACCAAAAGAUAAUAAGACUAUUAAAAUUGAUGAUAACAAGGUUCCAAAUGGAGAAGAGGAACGUAUUCUACUUGGAUAUCCGGCACCAAAGGAUUAUUUUCCAUUUGUUGUUUCUUUACAAAUACCACUUAAAAAUGGUGGUAUGCACAAGUUUUGUGGUGGAUCAAUAAUAAAUGAUCGAUUAAUUUUAACAGCUGCUCAUUGUUUUGAUCCAUUGCCGUCUACAAUUGUUUACGUUAAAGCUGGAAGCACAAACGCAUUUGACCCAAAAGGACAAACUCGUGAAGUGGCUCGAAUUAUCAAACAUCCUUGCUAUAAUCAAACAAAUGUUUACGGAAUUCCAGCUCUACAUGAUAUUGCAAUAUUAGUAUUAAGCGAACGGCUUCAAAUUUCACCAUCGGUUCAAACAAUUUCAUUAGCAACUGAUUUACAUGAUGUUGAAGAGCAUAAAAGGGGAGAUGUACUUGGAUGGGGUGCCACUCAUUCAACAGAUCAUACUCAGUCAUCGAAGGAACUUCUUUUCAUGAUUAUUAAUGUGAUAUCUUUAGAGAAAUGCGCACAAUAUUUUAAAGUACAUUCCAAUGUUUUGUGUGUAUCCAAUGGUGACAAUUCCGAUUCUGGCCCUUGCGUUGGAGAUUCUGGUGGUCCAUUUGUUCAGAAAGUAGGAGGUAAGCAUAUAUUAGCUGGAUUAACAUCGUAUGGAUCAAAAACAUGUGGAAAAAUUCCAACUGUUUACACCAGAGUUAGCAAAUAUCUAUCCUUUAUUCGAGAUGUCUUCACUGAUAAUUUAAUUAUUCCAGUUUGUGCAUAAAACAAAAUGGUAUAAAAAAAGUAGCAAGCAACAACAGAAAAAGUUGAGUUCAAGAUGGCUAGAUUUGGAUAUUACUUUUUUUUUGGAAAUUUGGAAAAAAAUUCAAUCGUAUAAAGAAUCUAAAAAUGCUUACAUUUAUGUAUGUCGUUAGUGAUCUUGAUUUAUAAUAAACAUCUGUGAUAUAACAUAAA